AUGCUGAUUUAUGAACGACAGAGAGAAGAAUUAAGACGACAGAAAUCGAUCUUCAAACAACAUCAUUUAACAGAUGCAGAAUUAGAUAAACAACAAAAUAAUUUACAUUAUAGAAGACCCACCCAAAAAAGUUUAUCAAGACAAGCAGAAAGCAGUAGAGUCUCGGAACCAACCAUUCCAGCUAACAAUAGUUUCACUUUCAAAAAAUCAAAUUCUCCUACUGAUAAAAUUCGAAAUGUGCAUCCUAAUUUAAUGUUUCAGAAUGAGUUCAAUUAUGAUAAUAAGGAAACAAAUAGUGGGCCAAAAAUACAUCGAAGACUUGCAAUAAAACCACUUCCUAAAAGGGUAUCUGUACAUGGAGCUUUUAAUAAUCAACCAGGUGAUUUAGUAUUGGAUAAUCUAUUUUCGUUGAAUCCAACUCCAUCAGCUUCAAAAAAACCGGAACAAUUAAGGCCAAAUACACCAUCUGUGACAGAACUACAACCAACAUUGAAAACGGAUUUCUUUCGUCGACCGUAUGUAGCAAAUUCAACAAAACAAAGUGAGUCGCAAAUUCAUCGUUUUACAAUUCCUAAUCAAAAGAGUAAAAGUGCUUUACAACUACAGACUACUUCAGAUAUCGAAUCGGAGCUAGUGUCUAAGAGUGCAACUAAUACAAAUUUAUUAACUACUCAAGCAAAAAAAUUGAAUUUGCCAAAGCCUUCAACAUCAAAUAACAAUAAAUCUAUUGGAUCUCCACAGUAUUAUUCACCUGUCGAAGACGAUUUUAUUGAUGAUUUUGAUCCUCCUACACCUAAAACUAAAACACCAAUAGAUAUAAAUUUCAGUUCACCAUCAUCUCCUGAUAUGUUUAAACUUACAACCUCAAAGAAACAAAUAUCAUCAUCAAGGAAUACACAAAGUCAAGCUAAAAAAAGUAUACAACGAGAUAAAAUUCCUCGAACAACAUAUCCAAUUUCGACUCAAUCGUCAAAUAAUAGACAUACCUCUUCAAUUUCAACUCAACGAUCAAAAGCAGCACUACCUAAUUCACAACGAACCACUUUAACACAACAUAAUAAUCCAGUUUCAUUACAAAAAUCUCUUAAGGAGCCUAAUGUGCCUGAUAGAAAACGAUCUAGACCAAAUCAUACUGCUGAACGAAAAGUAAAGUAUCAAAAAAGUGCCAAUUUAUUAAUUCGAAAGUUACCACUUACAAGAUUAAUCAAAGAAAUAAAGUUAGAACUGAUUGGUCCUGAUGUUGGUGUAAUAUGGCAUUCAAAUGCAAUAUUAGCAUUACAGGAAGCUUCAGAAUCAUUUCUUGUUCAUUUAUUAGAAGAUUCAAAUUUAAAUGCGAAUUAUGCUCAACGAUUAACUAUAAUGAACGAAGAUUUAGAAUUGGCAAAACGAAUAAAAGGGGGGAAAUAA